ACAACGGGACAGAAGACCGAAAUGACUCUGAAAACGAGACAGAACGAGACCGUGACGUUGACAAUGAAAGGGGACACAGGCAACCAGCGGCGGAAUCCGUCGACAAAUAAAUAAAAAAGUUGUCGAAGGAAGUCAGGGAAACGAAGAAGCUGAUUGAAGCCAAAUUUCGGCACUGGGACGAAAGCUUUUUAGCAUUAAGGCAUUUUUGCGAAGAAAGCUUUGGCCAGGUGAUGGCAAGUUUGGCUUCCAUCCGCGACUUCGUCGAGGAGCAGGAGGCUUCCGACUAUCCUGAAAAGCCUGCCUGUCUCCCCCUCAAAAAAAUACGAGACUUGGAGAUGUUUGAAAAUUUGACUGCGAAGGAGCAUCGCGAUGUCGUCACCUACCUUAGUCACCUAGGGGGUUCGGAUGCCAAUGUCUGUGCGAGCCUCAUGCUUAAGGAGGCGAUGCACGAGAGAUUGGCUCCGAAGGUGAACUACCAUGGUAGGCACCAGGGGACGUUUGCUUUAGAGCAAACCAAAUUUGUCAAGGUCCUUUACAAGGCAAUGGGUAAGACACUUCGACGUCCAUCGAUUCCGUUAACGGAAUUUUCAGCGGCGGUUACAUCUGCACUCCGUGCGGCAAAACAGCGCCGCCGGAAUAAGAAGAAUCGCCGCCAAAAUCCCGUCUUACCAGCCAUGGACCUUGACAACCCUGGUUAAAAUGGCGACUCGCGAUGUAUUAAAGUGCGUCCAAAAUAUAUAUGUGUGUGUAUAUAUAUAUAUGCAAUAGGUGAACGCACGACCUUCGCUUUAUAAUAUAUAGUUUGCGUUAAAUUUAUUAUUUAUAUGGACCCACCUCGAUACAGAGAGUAUGACACAAAAAGACUGUACAUAUGAUUAUGUAUGUGUAUAUAUGUCUAUAUGUAUUUAUAUUUAUUUAUUUCUCCUCUCUCGCGCUCUGUAAUUGUGUCUUUGUUACUCUCUCUGUCUCUCUCUCUCUCUCUGGGCAGUGACACAUAUUGUAUUUUUAUAUUUGGCAGUGAUACAUGUUAAUUAAGUUAGUCUAUUAUAAACGAUAUAUAAAUCUUAUCAAGAGACGCGGUAGCGGCUCGACGCCAAGUAUUAUAACAAAUACGAGAGCUACUUAUAACAAAUACGAUUAGGUUGGUUAAUGUUGCUUAAAAAGUACUUCAAACAUAGAAUCUUAGUUCUAAAUUUUUUACUGGAUUCGAUUAGAAUUUUAAUAAUUGGUGAUUUGUAAAUUCUGGAUAAACAUAGAUAUAUUGAAAAUGUGUAAUUCCCAAUAACGUGUAGAAUUCCAUACGCUUAUUCGAAAAUGAUAAGUACGUAAGAAAAAACCAACACAAGACCUAAAAAAACUGAAAAUUUCGAGCGAAAACAUUGAAAACAACGCUGAUGCAAUAUUCUAU